UCAAACAACACACAAAAUGGCAAUGCGGGAAAUGGCGACUCUGACAAUGCCUGGCCAAACAAUGGAAAUCAAAGCACAAGUGCUAUCCAAACUCCACGAAAACAGCAAAGGCAAGCCGCGAUCAACGCCCAAGACGCUCAACCCGAAUCCCAGCAGCAAGUUGCUGAGCCCUGGCCUAGCCUGAUUGGCAGCACCGCCACAGGUCCCGUCCACGAAAACGCCACACCUACGCCACACCGCUACGGUUUGCGCGCGCGCAGAGCAUCUCGAGGCUCGUUUUCGACUCCCUCGCGUUGUGGCCGCACAGCAUCCCGGCAGACGCUCCAGCAGACGCUCCAGCAGCGCAACAACGGCAACGGCGGCGCGGCAGCAAUUCGGAUCGGCUUCCAGCUCGACUUUGGCGUG